UAGCUUUGUAUUAAAUAGUAUAGAUACAUAUAUAAUGUGUUUGUUGUUUUGUAAUUAGUCAAGUUCACAAUGCAAUUAAGUAAAAUUUUAUUUGGUGCCACUCGACGUGUCAUGACCGGCAAGCAUGGAAACAAAAAUUUUUAUAAAGGGCGAGGCGUAAGAAAUCCAGGUUUUCAUACAAAAUGGGGUGGCUACAAAAUUGUUCAGAAGAAAGUGCCUGAAUUCAUUGUACCUGAUCUUUCUGGAUUCGAGAUGAAACCCUAUGUUUCUUAUCGGACUCCACAAGUUAAGACACCUAUAAUGACAGCGGAUCGUUUGGUUCAAGAAAUCAAAAAUAAUAUAGAUAUAAUUAACUAUAAAGAAAUACCGUAAAACGGCAUCAAAACAGAAGUGAAAAGUUAUUGUGUGUUCAGUCCUCGCUAACAUACUAUAAACCAUUUACAAAAAAGGCAAUUUUAAAACAUUUUUGUCACUUUAUGCUGAAGUUAUUGCUAAUGUACAUGUAACUGUGACAAAUUAUAUUUGCUUGUUUUUGCAGUGUUUAUAUUUUUUUUAAAUUUUCUAGCCAGUAAUUAUAUGCAAUUUAUUAUUUAUGCAAGUGUUUCUAAACUAUCAGGAAAUAUGAUCAUGAAAAGUUUGAAUCAUUAAUCCUUUUUAACUUGUUAGUAUUAUUAGUAUAAAAAUAUUUUAUGAAUAUUUCAAUGAAAAUAAA